GUGUUGCCUAACGCAUAUAUCGCUUAUUGUAUUGUUUGGUAUUAUUGACAAUUUAAUAAUUUAUUUAAGUAGCAGUUAUAAUUUUAAAGUCUUAUAGAAUGGCUAAGUAGUGAAUAUAAGUGAAUGUUUCAAAUUAGAAUUGUAUAAGUGCAUCUAAAUUUAACUAGAAGUAUAUCUGUCGGUGUCUUGCUUUGAUAAGUUCAACGAAACAUUGAUUUUGUUGUGAAUGCAUUAAAGUUCACUGCUCUUAUUAUCCAUUUGGUAAAUCACAGCUUAACGCACUGUAUUACAAGAAAAUAAAUAGUAAGCAUGAUAAACAGUUCAAUUAUAUGAGUUAGUAACAUAAAUUCAAGUAUGAACAAUUACUUACAAAGAUUAGGACUUACUGCUUGGAGAAAAAAGACUACUAUUCUUGUAGCCUCUGGUUUCUUGUCAUUAAUAAUAUUUGGUUUACAAUUCUCGCAUUUAGAUAAUAACAGUACAAAUCUUAACAAUCUUCUACAAGAUGAAAAAGAUGCAGAGGUAGUAGCUGAGGCUUUAGUUAAGAGUAUAAAAAAUGUUAAAUUUAUAGAAGCAAAUAAAAAAUUGGUUGCAACUGAAAUCGAUCCUGAAUCAAGACAAAAUGAUAUUAAUAUUAAAAGAGAAAUUAAACAAGACAAACCAUUUGAAAACAUACAUUUGGAGCAACAAUUAGGAAUACCUUUUGUAAAUAUAGAUCCUAAAAAUCCUUAUAUUCCAAAGAAAAGAAUAGUCCAUUUAGAUUUAAAAGGAGCGCCACCCCUAAUUUCAUAUUUCAGGAGGUUUUUCCCAUUAAUUCAAUCAAUGGGAGCAACUGGAAUAUUAUUAGAAUAUGAGGAUAUGUUUCCUUUUUCUGGACAUUUGAAAAAUAUAUCGGCUAAAAAUGCAUACAGUGUGGAGAAUAUCAAAGAGAUUCUAAAUCUAGCUGAAAAUUCUCAAUUAGAAGUAAUUCCUCUGGUACAAACAUUUGGUCAUUUGGAGUUUGCACUUAAGCAUGCAGAAUUUGCUUAUCUUCGAGAAGUUGGUGGUAGUCCACAAGCUCUUUGUCCCAGCAGAAAAAGCUCUUUAGAUUUCAUAACGGAAUUGAUUAACCAAGUAAUGUCAUUACAUCCUUCAGUAAAGUAUCUUCACAUAGGUUGUGAUGAAGUUUUUCAAAUGGGAGAAUGUGAUUUAUGUCGAUUGGAAAUUCAUGAAAAUCUUUUCUUAAAACAUAUUAAAAAUGUAGUAGACAUUGUUCGUCUCAAAUAUCCAACAUUAAAAAUUAUUGUUUGGGAUGAUAUGUUACGUCAUAUAUCUCAGCAAUCAAUGUUGGAUGCUAAACUAGGAGAACUAGUGGAACCGAUGGUGUGGGUUUAUGCUGAGGAUAUUUACAGAUUUGUACAACCUACCAUAUGGGAAAAGUAUUCAUCAGUGUUUGCAACAGCCUGGUCUGCUUCAGCUUUCAAAGGGGCAUUUGGGGAAACUAUGUAUGUUCCUAAUGCCCGUAGACAUUUAGAAAAUACUUUAAGAUGGUUAGAUACUAUGGCUGCACAAUCUACUGCAUUUAAGAAUGGAAUAUCCGGUAUUGCUAUUACAGGUUGGCAGAGAUACGAUCAUUUUGCAGUACUUUGUGAACUACUACCUGCUUCAAUACCAUCAUUAGCUCUGAGUCUGCUUGCUGCAACAACUGGUUACUUCAAUUCGUCAUUGAAAGAUAAAUUUUUGAAAGUAUUGAGUUGUCCUGAAUCAGCUAUUGAUAGUACUCCUUUCAUUACAUUGGAAUCUGAUCCGUUUUUAUGGGAAAAAGUCAGUAGGUGUACAUUUCCAGGUAGUCCAGUGUUUAGAUUAACCAAUCGGUUUCACAAUCUUGAACUGGAAGCCAACGAAUUCUUAGACGUCACAUUGAAACAAAAAGGUUGGAUGACAUUAUAUAAUGUUCAACAUAAUUAUAGUUUAGCACUUAGAGUUGAAGAACUUACUUUAGAUCUACCUAGACUUUAUCACGGGAUGAUUUCCUUAGCUAGAACUGCUGUUGACGCUAUGAACGGCAUCUUCGACAAUUACACAAAAUCUGAGUGGAUAGAACAGAAAAUUUUUCCUUAUAUCUUGCAAUUUGAACAAAUACAAAAUGACAGUUAUGUUUUAAAGAGCGUAAAUCAUUGGCCAGCUAGACCGCUGCCAAUUUCUAAGGAAAUGCAAAAAUUAGCUUUCAAUAUUGGGUUACACUAGCAGAAAGGUAAUCAGUAUAUAUUUUUCUCUUGAAAUAAUACUACCUAAAAACCUGUUUUUUUAAAUGUGUAAAGGCCUGGUUACACGAACCAGUAUCAAAUAUGUCUUAGUCAGUUACUACAUUUUUUUUAAUACAUCAUUCGCCUUUCUCUUGUAAACCGGUAUCAAUAAAUCCAUAUAGUAGAUGUCUACUUUUAUACCAGUAGCUUGCACUUAUGUGACCAGGUCGUAAACCUACUGUCACACGAUUAUGUAGAUAAAAUCUAUCACUUGAACCACUCGAAUCAAAUUUUAUAUUUAAAAAUAAACAUUGAAUAGAAAUUUGAAAGUGAAAGAACGUAUAGUAAAUUCUGUGAUCUAAAAAAUCUUUUUCUUGAAUGUUUCUAAAAAGUAUGUGUUUUUAGUUUUAAGUAACAAUGGUAUUUAUUUCAUAAGAAUCCAUGAUAUAUCUGGGGUCGGUAUUAUAAAAGUUUUGUUCAACCGAACGUUCUUCAACCGCAUGUAGAAACUCCACCGAUGAUUAACAUCGUUCGGUAUUAUAACGCAUUUGCAACCAUCCGUUGGUCAACCGGAAAUUUGUGCUGAAAAAUUCACGUUGGCUGCACUGAGAGCUCAAUUUCAACCAAUCAAAUCCGAGUGAACUGACAUUUUCUGAGGAGAGUGUGUCAGUCAAAGGUUGAAGUAUAGUUUUGAUUGAAGUUUCCACGUGAAGUUGAGAAGGAGACGAUGAUAACGACAUCGUUCAAAUGCUUCAAUUAAUUAAAAAUAAUAUAUUAGUUAAGUUCAUCAAAUGCAAGUCAAAAUAAAUGAAAAUUGAGGUUAAAAAGUCCGUUCAACUCUCGGUUGACACUUCAAACUGAACUUUCAUUACGGUUGAACCGAACGACAGUCAACCAUCCGUUCAACGGUUAACGACUAUAAUACGCAAAUUUGGCUUCAAUUAUAAGUUGAAUCUAAACCUUCAGUCGAAACUCCACCGAUGAUUAACAUCAAUUGGUAUGAUAACGCAUGUUGGUAGCACAGAGAGUUCAGUUUUCACCAAUUAAAUCCGUAAAACCGGACUUUAUAAUCCCGACCUUUAAGGUUGAUCCACACAUAUCCGUGCCGAAACAUAAGGUACAGUGACCUUCAGUGGAAAGAAAAUAUCGGCUGACGAAAUUCUUAGUAAACUAAAGGGGGAAAUACGGUACGUGUUCAAACAUGAACGGCGAAGUGACAACUUGGGGUCCUUCAUAUUGUAAAGAACUGGUUGUUCCAGAACCAACCCAAUGAGAAGCUCGUCGGUCAUAUUAGAAAAAUGAGGGACACACAGAAAAUAUUGGAAAAUUAAUUGAGCAAACUUUUUUUCACGGUACGUCACGGCGCGGAUAUGUGUGGAUCGACCUUUAGACGUGUGUUCAUUCAAAAUGGUACUCGAGUUAGUGUUGCUAGGUUUGAAAAAAAUGUAUUGAUAAAAGUGAGAAAUUCGUAUUUUAAAAUCAGUUUUCAUGAAAUAAAUAUUCAUUUCAAGUACUAAUUACAGUACUCGUUUAGAUAUAUCUAAACUAUAUGCACAAAAAAGAGAUUUAGUUUUAUUCUAUAUAAGAUAACUUCUAAAAAUCGGUCUAAUCUUUAGUGUAGGUAGGCGAUGUUGUUUUUUAGUGUGUCAAUACAUCACUUUAUAUGAUCCCUAAUUGGUAAAAAAAAUCAUUUUGUACUGAUAUUUAUUGAUGAAAAGUUAGGGAUUUUAUACUUGUUAAUGAUUCUAUUUAUAACAUUUUAUAGAGAAUAUUCGGAUUUUCUUCAUCUAGUCAAACAUUAAAAAAAAUCAUGAAUAAUUUUUCUAAAGCUAUAUUUCAUUACAACAAACCAAUCCAAAGCAUUACAACCAUUAUACUUUCACACCUAUAAAAAGUAUAUGAAUAAUUUCAUAUACAGUAUGGUGCAAUUGAAAGGAAUAAAUCACUAGAAUAACCUGUGCAGAGAUAGUCCAGUAGGAGUACCUCACAUAUCUAUUUAUGUGAGUAUCCUCACAUAAACUUUGAGCGAUGACAUGCUCAUAUAUAUGACGACAAAAAUAAAAAGGUAUACGAAAUAACAAAUUUGUUCCUUUCAUCAUCAUACAUCAUCUAUACAAGGUGUGAUCGAAAAUACAAUCAAUUAUUUUAUCGAAAACAAAUUACAUAUAUUACAUAACUUUUGAAAUAAUUGCCCUUAAAUCAUUGCUUUAACUUGAUAAAAGAUUUUUUUAUCCAAUUAUUGGAUGUAAAUAAAUUAAAUCAUAAAAAUUGUAAAAUAACUUUCCCAGAGGAACUGUCUUUGCAGAUAAUCCGUAUUUUCAAACUUCAAUUUGUUGAUUUAUUAGAAACCACAUAAUUUCACGAAAUAAUAAAAUUUUUUCAAUUAUCGAGAAACCGCAUUUCCCAAUAUGAUUACUUCGUAAUUGGUAACUAAUAUAACUCCAAAUAGGGUUUCCCUGUAUACAUUAUUGUUUUAUGAGAAACAUAGCAUUGCAUCUGUUCAUUAUCCAUUAAAUAAAAUGAGUUUUUGAAUUACCAAAUUCUUUUUCAUCGUAUAGUCCUCCUUUAAUGAACUUUUCGUAUGACAUCUGCUCUAGUUCCAUUAUUUUUAUCCAUUUAUGGUUGGUCUAUUCUAUGUACACAUAUGUACAAAGUUAGUGGGAUUCCAUCUCGUCUAGUGAUCCACCAUUUUCCGUUCAGCAGCUCGUUUUAUCACUCUAAUCUUAUUGCAAUUAUUGAUUCGACAAAAACGGUUUGCAUUUAUUUGAAGGGUUUUUCUUGUUAAUCGCAUUUUGUUAUAGUAAAAAAUUGACGUAAAUCCAUGUUAACGAAGUAUCAUUGAGAUCUACUUUAAACUUUAAAAGCACUCCUGGAUUAUUGCCAGAGAUCUUCGUCUUUUAUUUCAAGCGCUCCCAAGUGUAGUGCUCUGGAGCUCCUUAGUGUUUCACACUUCGAGAGAAUGUGGAUAGAGAUCUCGUCCUCGUGCAACACAACCAGCACACUACUUAGGUUGAUACAUUCAGUAGAUCUUCUCUGGAUAUGGUUUUCUAGUAUUUUCUAUGGAGUUUACAGUUCCCCUCUCGAAACGAACUUUGCCUCAACCAAAGAAAAUAAUAAUAACUAUGUUCUUGAAGGACUCAUUUCCACUUUUAAAAUUUUCAUACGACUUGAAAACACUCUUCGAAGUUAGUAUAUUUUACAGAUUUUAAUAUUUCGUGAGGUUCUUUGCACUUUUUCAACUCUGCGUUUUUAAGAACAAAGUUUCAAAACAAAUACUAUAAACGCGAUGUCAUUAAUUUAGUAUUAUAGCAGACUGACUAGCUAGAAUGGUUUCAAACUUAUCUCACCACAAAAGGGUACAUUAUGUACUACAAAUUAAAAAAGAUACAUUAUAAAUAAUCGUUGUUAUUAAUUUGUGUUCUUCUGUAUUUUGUAAUCACACCUCGUAUAUAUUUUUGCAAAACCUUAAAUUUCAAACUUCCACUUGAUAUAGAACUUGAAAAAUAAUUUUCUCUGAUCCCUUUAUCAAACAAUUAUUUCAAUAAAUGUUAGUAGGUUCUGUUAAAAAAUACUUUGGCUGUUUGUCUAUGACUAUUGCAUAUCAUUUGCCCAAUCUGUAUGUUACUUUUUCAACAGUAAUCUAUUAAGUGAAUUAUUAAUAUUUUUUGUUUAUCUUUUAUAUUUUAUUAAUACAAAUAUUAAAUCAUAAUAUUUUUGAUAUUAAUAAUGACAAUAUUUAUUUUCCUUUCCUUUUCCAACAAUAAUUACUUAAUAGGACCAAGGACAAUCGGUAUUAAAGACUAUUUUUAAAGUGCCAAAAUUUUUUGAUAUUAUUUUUGAGAUAUUUGAAUUUUUCUUGUCUUUGUGGAUAUUAAUUAUAAUAACAAAUUGACAAUAAUUCAACUUGAUUACUGUAUCAUUAUUUUUCUUUUGUAUCAUUGCAAAAAAUUAUAAACAUUAAAUAGUCAUAGACAAUUUGCUGUAUAUCUUUUGCUUAGUUCUAGUUGAUUAAUUUUUAAUUCAUGUUUCAUGAUUUUUAUUGUUUUAUCUAAUCAGUUGUGAUAAAAAAUACUCAUUUUUUUAAAAUUUAUGUAUAAGGUAUAACUAUCAGAAAUUAGAUAACAUGUAUACCUUUUUUGUAGCUAAAAAAAAACAAUUACUUGACUCAAGCCUUCAGAUCAAUUCAUUUUAAAUGGCUAGUCAUCUAUACCCAAUUUUGAAUAUAUUUUAUGAUUGUAAAUGAGGAUAUAACAAAAAAUAUAGUUUAUAAAUUAAACCACAUAUCAUGACCAAAAAGAACCUGACUUAAUUUAAGGGGUAAAAAUUUAAAAAAGUCAAUAUCUUAUUUUAGCUAAAAUGGUAGGGAAUUAUGUUAAAACUGACGUUCUUAAACAAAAAAAAAUUCACUUGGACAUUAAAUUAAUAAAAAUUUUUUGUUUUAUGACUAAUUUUUUUAUACAAAAAAAAGUUUAUCAAACUUCCGCGGUUUUGUUAGAAUUUCUUAUUAUUUUGAAACCCAUACGGACUGUUGAAUGCGUUGUUGACGAAAGUUGAUGGUAGUGGAAAAUUCCUGUUAUGCUUAUAGCUCUGUAUUGAUGCCAUUUUGUUUAAGAAUGCUCUGUUGAAUUAAUUUAAUUACUUCAAAACAAAUAUAAUGAAAUCAUCUAAUUGGAUUUUGCAUCUGAUAUAAAGUUUUUUUUUUUUGAGAAAAAAAAAUUCCAAAAAUAAUCUUAAAAAACCGUGCUCUACAAUGGUGUUACCCUUUGAAUAUGCAGUAAAAAAAUUUACUACAUUCGAAUUAGGUUUUCUAAAAAUUAUAAUCAAUAAUAUAGGUGCCAGUAUCUAAUUGUAUCUCUGGCAACAAAAACUUAAUAGAUAAUUAAAAUAAAUAAUUUUUGUAGCUAAAAUGUACUAAAGAACAAAAAUUUUGUUAGUUAAUCAGGACUCAAAAUUAAACGAACCCAAAACUUGAGUCCUAGUUAAAUUGAAAAAUUAAAUAAUACAGUAAAGUAUCAUGAAAAUUUCAUUAAACUUUUGUAUCCAUCUUUAGAAACUUGGAAAAAUUACAAUCAUUGAUUUAUAUUUUGUUUCAUAAUUUUUUUCCGUUGCAGCUAAUCGGUUGUGAUAAAAAAUACUCAUUUUUUUCCAAAUUCAUGUAUAAGGUAUACAGUUCAAUAUAAAUUCGAAUUGUCUUUUUUAACUUUUUCAUUGAGAGGUCCUCUUAUAGUCGGGCUAUUGUCUCAUUUUAGUAGGUCUAGAUGAUUGUUCCGUGCUUGCGGACCACCCCUAAAGUCGGGCGUAACAUUUUCAACAUUUGACUGCUGCUACCAAUUAAAAUAAAUCCAAAAAUGUAUUCUCAUGUUUUAAUAAUCACAAUCAACAAUAUAGAUGUCAGUAUCUAAUUGUAUCGCUGGCAACAUGAACUGUUAAGUUUAACAAAUAAUCUAAUACCACUUUUUGUAGCUAAAAAGCAUUAAGGAACAAAAAUAUUUUAGUUACUUUGGACUAAAAUGUAAAAAAAUGAAGCCAAAACUUGAGUACUAGUUAAAUUGGAAAAUAUAAUAUUUGUUAAGUAUCUUUUUCUUUCAUGUUCCUUGUCCGGUCUCCUUGACGUUGGUGAUCACCAUGGCAAAAGUUGUACGAUCCUCUGCUAAGUGCAAAAGUUCACCAGCCCUUCUUAUAACGGUCCAGUCUUGAUUAUUUCUGAGCCAUCACUAUUGCUUUCUUCCAACUUCACGGCGUCUCUUCAUUUUUCUCUUCAGUAUGAACUAUAAAGGAAGAUUUAUUAACUUGACUUUUCAUUUGCCGUUAGAUGUUACAAAAUUAAAAACAUUGAAUUACAUAAGAACAUUCAUAGUUGCCGUUUGCCGUUGGCGGCUUUUAAUAUAAACCGCCGUUCGUAGCAAUAGAAAAAAUCCAAACAUAUCCGUUUGUGUUUAAUACGUGUUUUGACGUAUGACGUUAGAUUUUCGACCCCUGUUUAUUAGUCUCACAUUAAAUUUCCUCAUAUUCUUUUUCUUUUCAAGUUUUGUUAUUGCCAUUGUAAACAUAAGACCUAAUGCUCUCAAUAAAAAAACUCUUCGUUAUUUUCCAUAAUAUCAUUCAUAAAUACCAGAUUACAAACAAAAAUACAAAAAUAUCACGACAACAAUUUUUAAGUUAACGGCAGCACUUCAAAUUUAUGAAUGGGGUGUGGAACUCUCGAACUGCAACAGCAAACGGAAAGUCAAGUUUAUGAAUCGGCCUUAAUAGACAAUAUUUAUCACCCCUCAAAAUAUGACCAAUUUAUAAUGUAUUUCGUCCAGUGCUGCCUUUCAACGUUUGCUGUUCGUAGUACUUUCUCGUUUGUAACAUGUUGUGUUCAUGAAAUAUGAAGUGUUCUUCUGUGAAGCCAUAUUUCAAUUGCCUUCAGUUGGUUCAGCGUACUGACCUUUAGAGUCAGAGAUACAUGGAAUUUAUCAAAAAACAUAGUUAUUUCGAAAAAUCAAAAGAAAACUUCAUUUGUCCUCAAUAAUAAGAAAAAUUGUUGCAGAAAUAGUCCUGGAAAUAACGAUUGAAAAUUUGAAAUACAAAAAGUAAAAAAUAGUUUAAUUUAAUUACAUGUAACCAGUUUGUUUUAUGAUAAUUUACAAGAGCUUUUUAUUGAAAAUUUAUUUCCUUCAAAAUAUGUAUUGGUAAAAUAUUUAAGAUUAAUGAUUAGUAAUGUUUGCAUAAAAAAGAUAUUGUAAUGAUAUAUCAGUCGAUAUGAUAGAUAUUCAAUAUAACAAUUUUUAUAGUAAAAGAAACGUCGUUGAAAAAUAAUUUUUGGAUACAAAAUGACGGAUAAUAUUUGUAAUAACAUCAUAAAUUAUCCCAAUAUAUUUGAUAUUGAAAGUUAUUAGGAAAGCUUUCGAAAUCUUUCUGAUAUGAAAUUUUAGUGAACCAACACCCACUCGUCGUUUUUCGCGGUACAUUCGAAAAUUAAAAAAAUUAAUGAAGUUACAACAGUCUUAAAAAGUUUAAGAAAGUUCCUUCAGUAAAUGCAAAAAUUUGGUAAUACCUGUAAUGAUUGUUCUAUAAACAUUUAAAUAUCAUCCCUAUUCUACAAGAAUUUAAAAUCAAGAGUUGAUGAAGAAAGGAAUGAUUUUUAUGAAGGAAGUCAAACAUUUUAUUAUUUAUUAUAAAAAAUUCCCUUUAAGCAAAUUAAUAUAAAAUAAUAUGUUUAGAUUACAUAUCUCACAUAGUUGUACUGAUACUAAUCCACAGGUAUUACAAAAAAACCGUUAUAAGGUUAAAGAUAGAACUGAAAUCAGCCGAUAUUAAUAAUUUUGAAAAUUGUUGGAUAAAGAACAAUGGACCUCAUUGCUGGCAUCACCUUUCACCAGAUAUCAUUGCUUUAGACUUCUUUGUUGGACGUAUCUAAACAAUUUGCUGUUUGAAAAAACAAUUUUCAAGAUACCGUCAAUCGCAGUGACUUUGCCCAUUUUUAAAGUUUACAAUCAAAUUUUGGAUAUUUAUAGAUGAAUUUUCCACAAAAAAAUCAUUACAUUUGUGCGACUAUGAUCUGAAACUACUGAAUUAAUAUUUUUUCUUCUUCUUUCUUACAUCAUUACAAAGUCAUCGCCAUGAUAGGGGUAAUUUACCCCCCCCCAGCAUUUUUCUAUGUUUUUAGGUUCAUAUGCCCCGUGUGGGCAAUUUUACAUUUUGGCAUGUUGGAAGGACCACGAUUGAAGAGAAUAAUUAAUACAAAAUUAAAUUUAUUUUAUUUAAUGUAUACUUUUAUAGAAAAAUCUUCAUAAACUUGAAUUACACCAAACUUAAUUCAUCAAUAAACUCAUUGAGAUCAAAAUAUAUAAUAAUGAAAAUAAAGGAUGGUUGUUAGGCGCCUCUGGUAUCACUUGGAUCAAUCAUUUUUAAGUACUAAACAUUGUCUCAAAAACUGGGCAAAGAUACCCCGAAGGACAAAGUCACCCUAAUUGACGGUAACAGACUUCAGCAGCAAUUUUUAAGUACCCAGUAUAAUUUUUCUAAAAAUUUCAAAUGAUUUAGAAAGCUUUGGGUAUUUUUGGGACAAAUUCUACACUACACUCAAGUGUAGUUUAUUUAAUUUUAGUCAAAUCAGAUGAAUUGAGUUAUUUACCUCCCUCUCACCGAUGCAAUACCAACUUUUGUUUUACGAAAAUAACUCAGUUCAGUUUAUUUGACAAAUGACUGAAUAUCAGUUCUUACUGAAUAGAGUUGUGAUUAAUAUUUGUGAAUAUCUUUUUAUUUCACUUUUGUAUUGACAAGUGCAUUUUGGUUUAGAAUACAAUCUCAGUUUGUUAUUCCAUUUGACUCACCAUAUCAAAGUGAAAACAGGGGAGCUGAUGAUAUCAGCUUAAUUUGAAACAGAGCAGAUCAUUUGCAAAAGGGAAGCUAUGAUAAAUUUCGAAUGAAGUUAUAUUGAAAUCCAUCAUAGAUUUGUAUGAAAAGUGGAAUUCGUGAAUAACUGAAAAUAUUUCUACUAAAACAAACUCCCCGAAAAAUAUUAGGUCAUCAUGGUAUACCCUGUAUAUUAAUAACACCUUACAGGUUUUAGUAUAUUUACAACUACAUAUUUGUCCCUAUUUUUUAUAAGUACAAAAACAUUUAUAUUUAGGAAUGAUUAUAUGCUUGUGAAAAAUAUGAAUUUUAUAUCUCUAUUCUACCUGUUGUGAUACCAGUGUUGUUUUAUUUAUAUAUUUCACCAAAUAGUAUUAAUGUUCAAAAUAUAUGAAAAAAAUUCUC